GAAAAUGGCUGCCAGUACUGAUGGAAGGGUAUCCUUUGUUUAGGAUUUUCUGCUGCAGAAUUACAAGGAUAUUUUAAAAUGCCGAGUGCUUCUUUCACCUCUUCUCGUUCUUACGUUCGGAGAUCGAGAAGAAAAAAUGCAAACCGCAUUCCUCUACCGUCAAGAGCGAGCUCAGCAGACCCAUGUGAACUCCAGUGUCAUGUGCCAAACCAGAAUAUACCAGGUGCUGGUGGUGCUUCGAGUGCAUCCACAGUGACUGGAUCAAAUGCUGCCGGCAGCUCAGCCUCUGCGGCGUCUGCUGGAAACACAAGUUCAUCUAGUGUAAACAAUGGCACUACUAGCCAUCAGUCCCCGUACGACCUACGUAGAAAAUCCCCUCCUCACCAUGAACCUUCAACAAGUACAAGUAUGGCAGCGUCUUCCACUGUAUCGACUGCUAAUAGUUACACUGCUUCCAUGCUGCCAGCUCGCAAAAGGCCGAGGCGGAACUGUUCAGUAUCAUAUGAUCAAUGCACAACCUCAGCAGCACACUAUCUACAGUAUGAGCUCCCAGAUGAGGUACUGUUAACGAUAUUCAGCUACCUGCUAGAACAGGAUUUGUGUCGUGUUAGCCAGGUUUGCAAGCGCUUCCAGACAAUAGCAAAUGACAACGAACUUUGGAAAAAUUUGUACCAAAGUGUGUAUGAAUAUGAUCUUCCAUUGUUCAAUCCUGCCCCGUGUCGAUUCGAGUUUGUUUCUUCAGAGGACUCCGAACACGCAAAUCCUUGGAAAGAAAGCUUUAGACAGUUGUAUAGAGGAGUGCAUGUUCGCCCUGGGUACCAAGACCUUUCAUUUCGAGGACGCAGCAUCAAUUAUUUUAAUACAGUUCAAGGUGCACUAGACUUUGCGGAUGAGCGUAGUGUCAAUUCUGGUGAAGGUUGUGAAGGGUCACCUGCCAUAGUAUUCCUUCACACUGGUACAUACCGUGGAGAGUUUUUGGUUAUAGACUCUGAUGUGGCUCUAAUUGGAGCUGCUGCUGGUAACGUUGCAGAAUCAGUGAUUUUGGAAAGAGAAUCUGAGUCUACUGUAAUGUUUGUGGAAGGAGCAAAGCAGGCUUAUGCUGGACACCUUACAAUCAAAUUUUCACCAGAUAUUACAUCCACUGUUCCACAUCAUAAACAUUAUUGUUUAGAAGUUGGAGAAAAUUGCAGUCCUGUUGUGGAUCACUGCAUCAUUCGCAGUUCUUCUGUUGUUGGUGCAGCUGUUUGUGUUAGUGGGGUUGGAGCAAAUCCAAUAAUCAAACAUUGUGAUAUCAGCGAUUGUGAAAAUGUUGGCCUGUAUGUGACUGAUUAUGCCCAAGGAACAUAUGAAGACAACGAAAUUAGUAGAAAUGCUUUAGCUGGAAUUUGGGUGAAGAAUUUUGCAAAUCCCAUAAUGCGAAGGAACCAUAUACAUCAUGGCAGAGAUGUUGGCAUCUUCACCUUUGAGAAUGGACUUGGAUAUUUUGAAGCAAAUGAUAUUCACAACAACAGAAUUGCUGGCUUUGAAGUCAAAGCAGGUGCUAACCCAACAGUGGUACAUUGUGAAAUUCAUCACGGCCAGACGGGUGGUAUAUAUGUCCAUGAAAAUGGGCUGGGACAGUUCAUUGACAACAAAAUACAUUCAAACAAUUUUGCUGGUGUUUGGAUUACAUCAAACAGUAACCCAACAAUACGCAGAAAUGAAAUCUACAAUGGCCAUCAAGGUGGAGUUUACAUAUUUGGAGAAGGUAGAGGUCUCAUUGAACAUAAUAAUAUAUAUGGCAAUGCACUUGCAGGGAUACAGAUUCGCACAAAUAGUGAUCCUAUUGUAAGACAUAACAAAAUUCAUCAUGGGCAACAUGGUGGUAUUUACGUUCAUGAAAAAGGGCAAGGGUUAAUAGAAGAAAAUGAAGUGUAUGCCAACACACUUGCUGGUGUAUGGAUUACUACGGGCAGUACACCUGUUCUUCGAAGAAACAGAAUCCAUUCAGGCAAACAGGUUGGAGUGUACUUCUACGACAAUGGCCAUGGGAAAUUGGAAGAUAAUGAUAUUUUCAACCACCUCUAUUCUGGUGUCCAGAUAAGGACGGGUAGCAAUCCAGUGAUACGGGGUAACAAAAUUUGGGGAGGACAGAACGGUGGCGUUCUGGUUUAUAAUGGUGGACUUGGGUUACUUGAACAGAAUGAAAUCUUUGAUAAUGCAAUGGCUGGAGUGUGGAUUAAGACUGAUUCCAAUCCUACAUUAAAACGCAACAAGAUAUUCGAUGGAAGAGAUGGUGGCAUUUGUAUUUUUAAUGGAGGAAAAGGUGUCUUGGAGGAGAAUGAUAUUUUUCGUAAUGCACAAGCUGGUGUUCUGAUUUCCACACAAAGUCAUCCAAUUCUGAGGCGGAAUCGCAUAUUUGAUGGACUUGCAGCCGGAGUGGAAAUUACGAAUAAUGCAACGGCGACUCUGGAAUAUAAUCAGAUAUUUAACAAUCGCUUUGGUGGACUUUGUCUCGCAAGUGGUGUGCAGCCAAUAGCCAGAGGUAACAGAAUAUUUAGCAACCAGGACGCUGUAGAAAAGGCUGUUGCUAAUGGCCAGUGCUUAUACAAAAUAUCAAGUUACACUUCAUUUCCUAUGCAUGAUUUCUAUCGCUGCCAGACUUGCAACACCACGGAUCGCAAUGCAAUUUGCGUGAACUGUAUUAAAACUUGCCAUGCAGGUCAUGAUGUGGAAUUCAUAAGGCAUGACAGGUUUUUCUGUGACUGUGGUGCAGGAACAUUAACUAAUCAGUGUCAGUUGCAAGGGGAACCAACGCAAGAUACCGACACAUUGUAUGAUUCUGCAGCGCCAAUGGAGUCCCACACACUUAUGGUUAACUGAAAUACUUAAUUUGUCUGUGGUGUAUGUAAUACAGGCCACUGGCUCCUCAUUACCAGUUUAAUGAUCAGAGAUGGUUACUUUACACUUCAGUGCAGCACCUGAGAUAAUAAAGACAAAACUUUCAUAAAAUGAGUUAUGUCAUCUCAAGUGUGCCACUGUGCUCGGUAAGAUGUCUGUUGUUUUGCAAAGGCCUAUGUAUAUAACGUGCCAGAUCCCAGUGAUGUGACAAGACAAAUUUAAAAUUUGUGUAAGAAUCUCAUUUUAUACUUAACGUUAUGUUAUCUAUGUGCAUGUGCAGCUACAAACUGGGUGCGUUUGUUUAUUCUUUUGUCCAAGAGGAUUUGUUGAAAAUGUGUUCCAUUUGUUGUAUGAAUGUGUUGUUUGAAUGUGUACUUGUAUGUAUGUAUGAUGUUUGAAAUGAAAUGUAUGGAAGUGUGUAAAUAUAUACAUAUGUGUGUUGAGAUAAUUGAUAUGUAACUUUUGUUAGGGACUUUGUAAGAUUUGUGCUUGAUAGUAUUGAAUGGAAUCAAAUAAAACAACAGUAACUACAUAUUUUUGAAUACUAUUAUGGCCAUUUUUUUAUAAUGUUUUCUUUUUUCACUUGAUUAAUGUCACAUUUCUGUUCACUUUAUUUCACUGUUAUGAUAGUUGGACAUAAAUAAUUCCUAUAAUUCAAUUCUCUCUACCAUAUUUACAUAGUCCAGUGACUCGGAUAGCACAUUGAGGAUAUGUACAGCAUCAAUUUUUAAAUGUCUUAGUGCUGAAACCCAUUAAGAAUUCGUUAUUGAUGUAGCAUACUGAUGCAGGAGGCUUUAGAUCCUUUAGGGAUAUAGACUAAUAAACUUUUUUUAAUAUCUGCCAAUGUGACUUUGCUUACUUGAUGUGCUAUAAGACUUGUAAAUAGACUGUGUAUGUGUUAUUGUGCUUUUUGAAUGAAACAUGUUCUGUGUAACUUGUAAUAGUUCUUUUUUGGUGUGUUUUUUGAUGUUCCAUCUAUUGAUUUUUUUUUUCUUUUUUUUAAUCUGUGAGAGUAAUAUUCGAACUGGUAGUGGACUACAUAUGUUCUGUCAAGGUGUAUAGCUAUGCACACGAAAGUGCUAGACUCGUAUGAACUACUAUUCGUGCAAAAAGAGGAUAAAAGUUGUAAGUUAGAAACCAGUCAUAACGUGCAAAUUUAUUCUUUCCACGAGUCCACUUUAUAACUGCAGAAGUUUUUAAUUUAUCUGUUUCUAGUGCCAUAAAGUGUUGUACGUAUAGAAUGGUGUAUGGUGGUGAAGGCCUGCAGAUUGUGUGUACAGUUCUUGGGCACAGGUCAUUUCAUUGGAUUCUCUCAUCCGAAAAGAAUUACACAAACUUUUGGAUUAAAAAUUUUGUAAUCUAAAGGUUUGGAUGCUAUAUUACAAUUUAACUGUGUAUUUUCCUUAUUCUUGAUUUUGAUAUUUAUAGGAAGGCUUAUUUUUGAAUUUUUUGUUUUAAGACCAGUCACUGCCUAAGUCCCAUAAAUUUCUCGAAGAAAAGCAUUUGCAUAUUCAGAGUAUUAUUGUUCCUCAGUUCUGUAAUGCUGCACAUUCGAUACACUAUGAAAGUUUUUCUUGUAUAUGUCACUUCAGUAGUUACAGAUUCCAGCAUGGUCAACGAAGAUUAUAUUUGAUUGGCUUUGAUCUGUUGUGUGUUAUUUUGAAUGAUAAAUUUAUCAGUUUAGUUCUUGUAUUUUUGUGGCAACACUGUGAAAUAUAUAUGUUCUGAAGUCUGCACUUACAAACGUAUAUGGACAGUGACUAACCCAUAAAAUUAAGUAAUAAUAAUAAUAAUAACUGACUGUAUAAGUAUUCUAGGUCUAAUCUGAAUUGAUGCUUGCUGUAAUGAAAAUAAUCACAUUAUUAAUUGUCAAUGAAUACAAAUUCCUCCCAACCUUCGUCUCUCUCUCUCUCUUUCUCUCUUUCUCUCUUUCUUUAAGAUCUUAGUUUGAAGAGACUAGUCCCCCCCACAUCCACUUUCACAUAACUGUUUCCAUAGUAUGUAUAUUUCCAGUGGUUGCCUAUUUAUCAUUUGUUAGACAGUAUUAAAGUUGAAACACGUGAGUAGUAUAAUGAUAUUGUCUCAUAACCUGAUCAUUUAUUUCAUAAGAAAACAUUCCUUUCACUUACGAAUAUUGCUUGACAAAAGCCAGUGGAAAUUCCUCGAGAGCUUUGGUAAACAGAUAAUUUGAAGAUUGCUGCAAUUAUCAUACAAUAUAUCUGUUAAUAAUGUAGGGCUAUACAGUGGUUAUAGUUAACCUCCUUUGCUGUUAUUGGUCUGUAUUUUAUUUCAGAGUCUUAAAAAUGCUUUUCCACUUGCUGCUGUCUGACAGUUCACUUACCAUUGUUAUGAUUUUCAUACUGCACUCCAAGCACAUACUUGCAGACACAGGGGGAGAUACUCAAGAAGAUUAAAACUUGGGAGUUCAUGUGCAGUUUUCAUCUAAUUACUUCUGUUGCCAUGCAUGUUACCUUUUUACAGAAGAAUUGUAACAUUCCUUCUCAUUCCCCCUCCUCUUCUUGCAUUCCUUAUUUUUCAAAUAAACAGAUGUACAAUUCUUUCCAGUGACACUUGCACAUGCUAAGUACAACUUAUUAAGAAGUACUCCUUUUGUCUUCAAAAUUACACGGUCUAUAACCAUGGCACCAAAUAAUUGAUAGUUCUCUAUGCACUACAGGUGUGUACUUUGUAAUUAACACCACGAUUGUUCACAGGAAGACUAGGAAUGUGAUAGUUUUAUUGCUCAGACUAAUGUGGAUAUAAGCAGCUUUCAUGCUACAUUUAUGUUCACAACAUGAAAAUUAUAUCAAAGUAUCAGUACCAGGCUUUCAUCUAUGUCAAUUUACUGCCCGUUUUCUGGCUUUGCUCAACUUUUUGAAAUCCUGAUAUAUUGUCAAUUUACUACUACUUCUUCUUCAAUCACAAUAAUUACUAAAUGUUACCAUAGUGAAGUUUGUUUAUUUUAACUGCUGUUACUAAGCUUGUAAAAAUUACAGAACAAAGCAAAAGCUUGAUUUUAGUUUAUUGUAAAAAGAAAAGAAAGUUGUAAUUCAAAAGUAAUUGCCAGUUUCUAAAUAUUAUCUGACAUAACUACAGAAUUUGAAAGCUGUGUUUGGGAAUGCCAUUUAUUUCAUUCCAUAGCCUUCUUCCAGUUGAUAUCCACUCAUAACUGAUCCACAUCUGUGAAUUUUUUCAGUUCGCUUUUACACUUCACCAGAAUCUGUGAACAUUGUUUUGGGAAUAAAGAUGUACAGAAAUCGGUGUUUGUUUAUGGUGCUAUGUGUGUGUAGCUGCUGUAGAAACAAUUUUAUUGAGACUAAUAUUUGCUGUUAAACUGACUCAACCAAUGUGUGUGUGUGUGUGUGUGUGUGUGUGUGUGUGUGUGUGUGUGUGUGUGUGUGUGUAAGUAAUUCCACUAUGUUGCGUGUUUUGAAAGUCACUCACAAAGCAUAUGGUUUUUCAUAAUUGGUCUUUGAAUAAGACUUUGUAUUAGGUUAUUGCUGUUUUUCUUUAUAAGAUCUUUAUGCACUCAGUGUGAUGCAAUUAUCAGUUUCAGAAAUGUAUAGAGAGGGUUUUCAUUCAAAUAUUCCCAUUAAAAUGUCCUCCUGUAAUGGCUGUCCAUUAGUUUUGUUGCUAGAAUUUGUAGAUUUUCAUGGUACUGAGCAGUGAAGUGGAACAGGGAUGUUGCCAAGAAUGUUUGUACAACAGUAUUUUGACAGAACUCAAAAUUGCUUUUCAGUUCCUGUCCAUUUAAAACUAUUUUAUCGUCUUCUAAUUAAUUUGUUACUGUGAUACAUUUGGAAUUUCUCCUUUCCUACUGUUUAGAAAUUUUCUAAACAUAUUGCUAAGAUUUUGAUGGUGAAAGAGUUUGGCCCACACAGUCUUUCCAGUACAUAACUUAAAAAUCACCGGUUUGAAUUUCAGAUUCUGCAAAUUUUUAAUGACAAAGUAUUUGCGUUAAUAUUCUUACGUCUUGAUUACAAAGUAAAUAAUAACAGUGUACAUUGAACAUGUUAGUGUUUACAGUUAUUAAUAAAAUAAACAAUGUAAAUAUUUUGAAUGGAGCCACCAGUGAACAUUGGUUUUUUUAAACCAGAUCACCAAGUUUCUCAGUGGUUGGUAUGAAAUGGAUUGCACGCUAAUAUCCUAACAUGUUGAGAAAUUUGGUGGAAGUUGUUCAUAAUGAUACAUUGCUCAGUGUGAUGUCGUAUACUGUACUACAUUUGUAGCUCUGCAUUCCAUUGUGGUUUAAUCUCUGCAGAAAUGAAUUUGAGAGUUUACUGCAGUAUUUAUGCAAACAUAAAUAUAUUGUGAUGCAAGUAGUGAGUGUAAAUGAACAUCAUAUGACCUCCAAAGAGCAACAUUCAAUGACAGUUAGGAUUUUCAAGUAAUUACAGAUAGUGGCCUCAUCUUUGGUGAAGUAGGCAAAUACCAUGACAGUAGCUCUGUAAACGGAUUAGUGGGAUAGAACAAAUGAAGAGGGAUACAGAUGAAAUGUGACAGCUUUACAGAGCAUCAUAGGUGCCUUCUCUUAUCAGAGAGUUUUGAAUCCAGUGGCACAAAUUAUAAAAGGUGUGACAUGCUUUCCACAACUUGUAUAAUUAUUCUUAAGUUCUCUUCCAUGCAAAAGUGCAACUAAGAUACAAUGACAAUGUGAAAUUAUUUGUCACUGAAGCAUGCCAUAUUGUGGAAUUAACCAAAGUCUCCAUUCAGUUUGCAUGUCAAGACACAGCAGGAAAUGUAGGCCAUGUGAAAGAAGAGAGAUCACUGUCAUAAUUCAGUACAAAUAAUGUUAACCAUUGUUGUGCACUUUUUAGCACUUGUCACCAUGCAGUCACUGUUUGCAAACCCAUUAGUCAUAACUAAAACAUGUAAAAAUCUGAAGUAUGUUAAGAUAUUCUGAAAACACUUUUGAGAGAUUCCAAUUGAAAUGGUCUUAUGCAGUACACAAGUUGUACAAACUUUUACGAACUGCAGUGCCACUCAUUUCUUGUUAAUCAGAAACUGUGCUCGUCUCUAAUACAUGCAAAUUGUCUUUAAGGAACCUGAAAAUACAGUGUUAAAGCUGGAAAUACAAUGUUAAGGACUGAAAAAGGUGUAAUAUCGUGAGAGCAGAACAGUUUAAUAGCUUUCACUCCUGUUUUAUCUGAUGGAACUAGCAGGACUUUUCAGUUAUGUAUAUAAUACACUAGUACAAAUUAGUUCCAUUGGAUAAUAACUUAUUGGCCUGUGAGUUUUAUAAUCUGAAUUGCAGCUGUAAUGUAAUAAAAACAGAAUAAGUAAGAAUAAGGAAAGCUCCAGAGAUGGAAAUCGGAUGUUUUCACUGUCAGUACUGGCAGCCAUGCAUGGUGUCUGACACAAAAAUAUAUAUAUAUAUAUACCCUUUUCAGAUAUUUUUACUAUUAAAUAGAAUUUUUGAAACUUUUGUUGGUGCAGACACUUGAUUACUGUUUUACAGAAAUUAUUUGUACAGUGUGCAUAAUCAAGAAGUUGAUGGAACUUUCAUGUAAACCAUAUGAAUGAUAUGUCUUAGAAAUGAUUGGCCACUGUAUGUUAUUUCAUUAAAAUAUAUUACUCAGUG